AUUAAUCUUAAAAGCAAUAUAGUAGUUAAAGAAUAUUAUACAAUAUUUAAAUUAUUAUUAAAUUUAUAGAUCAAAUCUCUUUAAUUAAGUUUGGACAAUUUAAAUAUAAUCUAAAUUUUAAUUAUGGAAUUUAAACCGCCUAAUCUACCUAGUCACUGCACGUGGGAAUUAAAUGCAUCAAAUUCACCACACACAUGUAGGAUAGAAAAUUUUGACCGUACUAAAAUAAUGCCUGAUAUUUUAACUACUAUUGGACAAACUCCACUUAUAAAAUUAAAUAAUAUUCCAAAGUCUUAUGGGAUUAAGUGUGAAAUCUAUGUAAAAUGUGAAUUCCUUAAUCCUGGUGGUUCUGUAAAAGAUAGAAUUGCAUAUAGAAUGGUUCAAGAUGCAGAAGAGAAAGGUUUGCUAAAACCAGGAUAUACCAUCAUUGAACCUACAAGUGGCAAUACUGGCAUUGGUUUAGCAAUGGCUGCUGCUGUUAGAGGCUAUAGAUGUAUUAUUGUUAUGCCAGAAAAAAUGUCUGAUGAGAAAGUGUCAACACUUUAUGCACUUGGUGCUGAAAUUGUUCGUACUCCAACUGAAGCAAGUUGGGAUAGUCCAGAAGCACAUAUUAGUGUUGCACAAAAAUUACAAAGAGAAAUACCAAAUAGCAUUGUCCUUGACCAGUAUAGAAACCCUGGAAAUCCAUUAGCUCAUUAUGAUCAAACUGCAACUGAAAUUUGGAGACAAUGUGAGGGCAAAAUUGAUUAUUUGGUAGCUGGUGCAGGUACAGGUGGUACCAUUUCAGGUAUUGGACGGAAACUGAAAGAAUUAUCUCCAAAUACAAAAAUUAUUGCUGUUGAUCCUGUAGGCAGUAUUUUAGAUCCAUCAAAUCAAUCACAAGAUGUAAUUGGUUUCUAUGAAGUUGAAGGAAUUGGCUAUGAUUUUAUACCUACGGUGUUAGACCAUAAUGUAAUUGAUAAGUGGAUAAAAACUGAAGAUAAUGAAUCAUUAAAUGCUGCUAGAAUGCUCAUACGUCAAGAAGGAUUAUUGUGUGGUGGUAGUAGUGGUGCUGCACUUAUUGCUGCUCUUAAAGUAGCUAAAAAUGUUCCUGAAGGAAAACGUAUGGUUAUUAUUUUACCUGAUGGAAUACGAAACUAUUUAACUAAGUUUGUAUCAGAUCACUGGAUGGAAGUUAGAGGAUUUCUGCCACCUAAAUGUCAAAAUGAAUCAAACAAAUGGUGGUGGAAUAUGAAAAUUUCAUGUUUAUCACCUGAUAUAGGAUUAGUAAUGAAAGAGAAAACAUUAACAUGUCAAGAAGCUAUUUACGAACUUCAAAAUGCAAAUCCACAAUUACUAGCAAUUAGUCAUGAUGGUAUACAUAUAAAAGGUGUUGUUACUUUAGACAAACUUAUGUCAAAUAUAAUAUCUGGUUCAGUAAAAUAUACAGAUUUUGUAGAAAACGCUAUGGUGAAACAAUAUGUUAAAGUUAAGUAUUCAGCAACUCUUGGACAUUUAUCACGUGUGCUUGAGAAAGAACCAUAUGCGGUAAUUUUAGACGAUAAACGUUAUAAUGCUUUUGUAGCAAUCGUAGGCCAAUUUCAUAUUUUAAAAUUUAUUACUAGAAAUAAUGGUACAGCAUCUAGUAAUAAUUGA